UUUUCCCUUCAGCUGUGAGUGAUAAACACAAGCCACUGCUAUCUAAACAUCUGCCCCAACAGAUGGACUAGCACUCUGUUUGUGUGUGUGUGUGUGUGUGUGUGUGUGUGUGUGUGUGCGUGCACAUCCUUCACACAUUUCCAUUUUUGACUUGGAGUUGUCCUCUCAAAAUAACUCCCAUUCUUUACGACCUUAUAUGUGCACAGCUACUGUGUGUGAGGAAGAGCCUGCCCGCAAAGGAAUCAUGUAUCCAGGCCUUGCAGAACAGACUGCAUCCCCAGCAACUGCUGUUGCGCUGUGUGUAUCAGAAGGCUAGAUCUCAGCCCAGCACACAAAAGCCUGUUUGAUGCUUUCACUCUCUUUGCAAUGCAUCUCAUAGAUCUUAAUCAGGAGUGCCUGCUUCAUCUUUUUUCAUUCUUGGAUAAAAACAGUCGGCGGAACCUGUCUCUGACCUGCAAGCGUCUCCGAGUAGCCUUCCUGGACCCUGCCCUCUGGUCUCUGCUCAACUUUUUCUCCCCUAGUGAACUUAUGAGGAACAACUUUAUCCUUGGCCCCUUUUUGAGGUACUUGAAUAUAUGCUGGCAUUCCAGCAGGGUCAAAGUGUGUAACAUUGAAGACUUUAAGAAGACGACGUUCCAGAGGGACCUCUGCAGCAAGCAUGCGAGCUUGGUCAGCCAUUUCCUGGAUCGUGUUUGCCACAUGUGUCCAAACCUUCUGUCCCUAACCCUGUCUGGUUGUGGACACAUCACAGACAGAGACGUGAUCAAUGUGCUGAGCAGUUGCAGGCGAUUGCAGCGACUGUGUCUAGAGAACUGCUGCCGCGUGACGGAUGUUGUGCUGCAGGCAGUAGUAACCCACGGAGGCAGUCUGCAGGAAGUGAGGGUGGAUUUCUGCAGGAAUGUAACACACACCGGGCUGCAGGCUUGCAGAGAGAAGAGGCCUGGAGUUCGACUAUUCGCUGAGCGGAGCGCAGGGAUGAUACCUGACACUCAGCCUGGGGAAAAACUAUACAUCACAAAGGCACUGCAGAAAGUCCUUAUCCUUUCCUGAGAGCCAAGGAUGGGGAUAAGAAGAUCAGGUGUUUUCUGAGACCUGAGAAGUUAUGCACAGUGAUCUGAUGAAUUAUUUUUUUUACUUUGAGGUGGAAAAGUGGGCAUUAUGUUCAGAUUUCUUAUUAUUUUUCAUUUUUGUUUUUAUUAGAAUUUUUAUUACUGAGGUAUCCAUGAUCAUUCAAAAUGGUGUGAAGUUUCUACAAUGCUUAAAUUCAAAUCUGUAUUUAAUACCAUUCAUUAAAAAAUAAAUAAACAAACAAAAGUGUGUCUUCAAGCAUGCAUUGAAGAGUUGGCUCCUUUAAAUCUGUAUAAUCUAUAAUGUAGAGAAUGUUCCAAACACUACAUUUCUUCUACUCAAAACAUACUAUAUAGCAUGUUGACUAAAUUAUACA